AUGUGUAAUCUCAGUGCUGAUUGUGUUAACAUUACUGUAGAACCUAUUGCAUUUUGCAAAGUCAGCCAGCCAGCCAGUCAGCCAUCCAGUCAGUCAGUCAGCCAUCCAGUCAGUCAGUCAGCCAUCCAGUCAGUCAGUCAGCCAUCCAGUCAGCCAUCCAGUCAGUCAGCCAGCAUCCAGUCAGUCAGUCAGUCAUCCAGUCAGUCAGUCAGCCAUCCAGCCAUCCAGUCAGUCAGUCAGUCAGUCAUCCAGUCAGUCAGCCAUCCAGUCAGUCAGCCAUCCAGUCAGUCAGUCAGCCAUCCAGCCAUCCAGUCAGUCAGUCAGCCAUCCAGUCAGUCAGUCAGCCAUCCAGUCAGUCAGUCAGUCAGUCAGCCAUCCAGCCAUCCAGUCAGUCAGUCAGUCAGCCAUCCAGCCAUCCAGUCAGUCAGUCAGUCAGUCAGCCAUCCAGUCAGCCAUCCAGUCAGUCAGCCAUCCAGUCAGUCAGUCAGUCAGUCAGUCAGUCAGCCAUCCAGUCAGUCAGUCAGUCAGUCAGUCAGCCAUCCAGUCAGUCAGUCAGCCAUCCAGUCAGUCAGUCAGUCAGCCAUCCAGUCAGUCAGUCAGCCAUCCAGUCAGUCAGUCAGUCAGCCACCCAGUCAGUCAGUCAGUCAGCCAUCCAGUCAGUCAGUCAGCCAUCCAUUCAGUCAGUCAGUCAGUCAGUCAGUCAGCCAUCCAGUCAGUCAGUCAGUCAGUCAGUCAGUCAGCCAUCCAGUCAGUCAGUCAGUCAGCCAUCUAGUCAGUCAGUCAGUCAGCCAUCUAGUCAGUCAGCCAUCCAGCCAGCCAUCCAGUCAGUCAGUCAGCCAUCCAGUCAGUCAGUCAGCCAUCCAGUCAGUCAGUCAGUCAGCCAUCCAGUCAGUCAGCCAUCCAUCCAGUCAGUCAGUCAGUCAGCCAUCCAGCCUUCCAGUCAGCCAUCCAGUCAGUCAGUCAGUCAGCCAGUCAGUCAGUCAGUCAGCCAUCUAGUCAGUCAGUCAGUCAGCCAUCCAGUCAGUCAGUCAGCCAUCCAGUCAGUCAGUCAGUCAGUCAGCCAUCUAGU